AUGACAGCACGAAAGGUUGCCGAAGCAUUAUACAAUGGUUGGAUAUCACGCUUUGGUGUCCCAUCAUUUAUAACUACCGAUCAAGGUCGUCAGUUCGAGUCCAGUCUUUUUAAGGAACUCGCACUUGUUCUUGGUUGCAAAAGAAUAAGAACAACAGCUUAUCAUCCAUCAUCAAAUGGAAUAAUUGAACGAUGGCACCGUUCCCUAAAAGCUUCUCUAAUGUGCCAUAAUAACAAAAACUGGUUAGAAGUACUUCCAACUGUACUUAUUGGUCUUCGUUCAAGUAUCAGAGAAGAUAUAAAAGCAACGCCUGCAGAAAUAGUGUAUGGUACAACAAUUCGUCUACCAUGCGACCUACUUCAAAACUCUAAAGAUUCAUCGCCCAACGACGAAUUUGUACAAAAUCUCAAAGCACAAAUGAACAUGUUAAAACCAGUAGAUAUUAAACAUAAAUCAAAUAAAACCGUAUUUCUUCACAAGAAUUUAGAAAGUUGUUCUCACGUUUUUGUUCGUACCGAUGCUGUAAGGAAACCACUUCAACAACCAUAUGAUGGUCCCUAUAGAGUUCUGAAGAAAACUGACAAAUUCUUUACGUUAGACGUCAAUGGAUCCAGCAAAGUGAUAUCUAUAGAUCGACUGAAACCGGCAUUUAUGUUCAAUGAUGAGAUAAUCGAAGAACCAAAAUCAGUUACUAUUCAAUUGAAACGAAUACCUUCAAAUGUGAAUCAAAAAAUACCAGCUAAAAACAAUUCAAGAAUCCCUAAAAGA